UUUUCGUAUAAUUUGGACUUUAUCGAAUUACACAAAUUAAAUUUUCGACUCUGCAAAACGGCCUCUGAAGCUCGACAAUGUUCUAUGAUAAACAUCCAAAGAAGGGAUAAAUGAAAGACAAAAUACAAAUUCUUUUAUUUUUGGCAACAGAGGAACGAUGAGAAAGAAAAACUAAACUGCGUAUAACCAUUAUCAAUUUUUUAUUAUCUAAUAGGAGAUUGGAAUUUGUCAUCUCUUUUCCUGGUAGAAAGAAGAAUCUCGUGAAUCUUUUUCCUCCUACUGUAGAACCCCUUUUGAGUAAAUCUUGACUCUCUCUUUAAUCUCUCUCUACUUCGAGUUGUCUCAGUUCAAUUCUGUGAUCUCGAAAAAAGAUACUUUUCUUGAUCCAAACAAUACGGAGAUGUCUAGAUAUAUGUCUGCUUUAUAUGAAAACAAUAUGAAGUCUACUGGUGAAGAUUUGGUAACUGCUAUAGUGCCUUUGAUGAAACUUAUCUGCCUUACAGUUAUUGGAUUGAUUCUUGCACACCCAAAAACCCAAAUCACCCCCAGAGCAACAUUUAGACUUCUAAGCAAGCUAGUUUUUGCCCUAUUCUUGCCCUGCUUAAUAUUUACUGAGCUUGGUGAAAGCAUUACGCUCCAGAACAUUGCUCUUUGGUGGUUUAUCCCUGUCAAUGUAUUGGUUAGUACAUUGAUUGGUUUCUUGCUUGGGCUGUUAGUUGUGGCUAUAUGUCGCCCCCCGCCUGAAUUUAAUAGAUUCACUAUUAUCAUGACUGCCUUUGGAAAUACUGGAAAUCUUCCUCUAGCAAUAGUUGGAUCUGUCUGUCAUACUAAAGAAAAUCCAUUUGGAGAACAUUGUCACUCAAGAGGAGUCGCUUAUGUCUCAUUUGCUCAGUGGGUUGCAGUAAUUCUAGUUUACACACUUGUUUAUCAUAUGAUGGAGCCACCGCUAGAAUAUUAUGAGAUUGUCGAUGAAAGAUGUGAGAUUGAGGAACAAAUAACACCUGCUGAUGUCAGUAGACCGCUUCUUGUGGAAGCUGAAUGGCCAGGAAUUGAGGAUAAAGAAACCGAACAUGCCAAGACUCCAUUCAUUGCUAGGACAUUUAACAGCCUCUCAUCCCUUUCACACACAAAUUUUCCAGACCUUGAGCUCUCUGGAGAGGAUGCUGCAACUAGUCCUAGGUCUAUUAGGUGUUUGGCUGAGCCAAAAGUUAUGAGGAGAAUUAGAACAGUCGCGGAACAAACUCCCAUACAGCACAUACUUCAACCUCCAACAAUUGCUUCACUAUUAGCUAUCAUUGUUGGGAUGGUUCCGCAAAUAAAAAGUUUUGUUUUUGGAUAUGAUGCUCCAUUAUCUUUUGUGACAGACAGUUUAGAGAUUUUAGCUGGUGCUAUGGUGCCAUCUGUUAUGCUUAUUCUUGGAGGUAUGCUUGCCGAGGGACCAAAUGAGUCUAAACUUGGUCUUCGAACUACAAUUGGCAUAACUAUAGCGAGGCUUUUGGUGCUUCCUCUGCUGGGAAUUGGUGUUGUAAUAUUGGCAGAUAAGCUGAAUUUUCUUGAACAAGGUGAUGCAAUGUACAGAUUCGUGCUCUUGUUACAGUACACAACACCAAGCGCCAUUUUAUUGGGAGCGAUUGCGAGCUUGAGAGGUUAUGCAGUGAAAGAGGCUUCUGCUCUUCUCUUCUGGCAACAUGUAUUUGCUCUGCUUUCCCUUUCUUUGUAUAUUGUGAUUUACUUCAAAUUACUAUCUUACACUUGAGGGUAAAUCAUACAUAAAUGCAAGCUUGUUGACAACCAAAACAUAAUUUCCUUGUAUAUAAGUUUAAAUAUUACUUUUUUGCUUUAUGUACUCAAUUGGAUACUGCUAGUGGCAAUGAAUUGUAGUUCUGUCAUGCUGAGUUGAUUUUGUGGAAUGACCAAGGGCCUGCUUAAUAUUGCU